GCACCGUAUGCCGCGAAAUUUCGAUGAAGCGGAAACUUCGGACAGAACAAAAAGAGAAAGAAAGAAGGAAAAAUGCGAAAAGUUAUAUUGUUUCUACCUCUAGUUUCUACCAGACGUAAACUGUCAUCUGUUCGUAAAAGACGUGUUCCCCAGUGGUUACCUCCCUGCGUCCCAUUUGACCGUCUUUCGCUACGCCACUAUCAUGGAUUUCACAAAUGAUAAUACAAAUGAAUGCGUUGAGGAUGACAACAAAGAGUUUCAACGAAAUGUGCUGGAACAAACGCCGACCGUGUCCGCUGAAAAUCACGCCCUCGACAGCGAAGGUUUCCGUUCACAGAUGUCGCCUGGUGCAGAUGUGCUUCCAAAAGAACCUGAAACUGUUGGCGCCAGUGCCUUUUCGUUCGUGAGGCCGGAUGAAUGUGAUAAUGAGGCUGAGUCAGAAGAGGAACUUGAAGGUUUCAAUGGUGGAAAUGCCUCGAUCGAGAUGUCAGCUGAACGCCUUGGCAGCCGGUUGUGCAAAAUGGUUGAGACAAUGAAUGAAAAUUUGCGCAAGAUGUUUCAGAAGAGCGAAGAGAGCAUUCUGCGCUUGACAGCACUCCGAGAUGCUGUGUUGCAGCAUGAGCAACAGCAAGUGCAGAAAUUUGAACACGCCAAAAGGAUGCUGCUUGAUGUCCUGGGGAAGUAUUCAGAGGAGAGUGAGUAGUUGGAGUCAUUGUGACAGCAAACUUUGCUUUUUCAGCAUUCUGUGAAGGACACACCAUAUUAUUGUCAUGGCUGGCAUCAAUGCACACCAUUGCACACUUUAUUUUGGUGCCAGGUCAAGCACCUCUUCAAGUCUUUAGCUGGCCAUUUACAUCAAACAUGUACUGUGUGUAUCUUGAAUACUUGGAGUUAAUAAAGGAGUAAUACCUCAGUA